AUGGAUUGUUAUUUAGAUUCACUUCUAAAUGAUACUUCUGAUUCUUUAUGUGUUAAUACCUUUUAAAAACAACAAUAUAUACCCAUAUUUAACACUCCUUCAAUUAAAUUUGAGAAUUCAAACUUUGGUUAAUAAUUUUGUUAAGAAAUAUAAUCAAAUGAAACUAAUCAAUUAAAUGUGAAACAGUUCAUUUAUCAAUUAAUCCCACAAUAUUCAAUUUCAUAAACUGAACACUGUUAUGUAAUAGCUAUUAAUAAAGACUGUUCAACUUUAUUGGCUGGAUGA